AUGGCCCAUGCCAGACCAUCCAGUUCGGAAAAGACGAUCCGCAAAAUCGAUAUCGCCCAAGUAUCCCUCAGUCUCCAGGACCGUCUAGGCCUCGCCAAAGUCAAAUACCAGAACGGUCGUCUGCAUGGGUUGGAGCCACGACAGCAAGAUGGAAGACAGACUUCCUCGGGUAGUGACAAGCCGUCCGAUUCGUCGUCCGAGAUAUCCCACAGUCGCUGCGAAACACCCCUAACCUCUCCCCCCCUACAAACGUCGUCCUACUCGAAGGAGCUUCCGAGAUCAUCGCGGAAUAAGCAUGCGGCAACGUUCAACUCGAGGGUCAUGCAGCCAAUGCUGUCUGCCAGUCGUAAACGUCUUCGGUCAGAUUCUUUCACCGACCAUCCAGCCAAGGCACCCCGCGUCUCCUGGAAAAGUUCGUACCAGCUGCCUGAAUCGUCUCCUGGCUUCAACCGCCACCGCAUGAACCGACCGCCGCCGUUUGUCUCCCAAGCUGCUACAAUCCCCGAAUUCUCAUCACCCGGAUACCGUGGCCAUUCGGACGAUGAGAAUGACCCUGAUCUCCCUAUCCAUAGCUUUCAGAAUGUCAGUUCAAUGGUCGGCUCUUCGCCUCCCCGCACUCCGCCGCCGAGGCAUGCUCGUCUGGCUCGAAAUGAACGGACUCUGCAAAAUGAAGAUGGGGCGGAUUUGCUCCUAUAUCUUGCCAAUUCGCCGACACCAGCAAGAAUAUCAAGCAUGGCCCAGGCUCGGGAGUUUCCUCCAUCUACACCCCCUAGCCAGCAUGCAGUCUUGCCUUCAUUGACCCCGAAUACUGGAGCCGGUGGUGCCUUCCCCAAUUUCGGCACACCUGGUCAGCAAUUCAAUUUUGCCGACUUUGUGAAUGUUACCCCUAGCCCUGCACAGCCGGCUUGGGGUGGCCGUACUCCUGGGGGGCCUUCCAGAACGCCCCUGGCUUCCAGAGACGCCAGAAAGAGGUUGAACUUUGAUAAUCUGGUACCACCAAGUGCAGAAAGUCCCAGAAACCGGGGCAGAGAGGCUGGUCUCGCCCUGCAGCUCGGUGGAGAGCUGCGUCCAUGA